AUGGCUUCUCUCAUGUCCGGCCUCUCGGCUCGCGCCGCGGUCGUGGCUCCCGCCUCCCGCGUGGCCAUGCCCCAGUCCACCUCUGCUCCCGUGCGCUUCGGCUUCUCCGUGGAGGCUGCGCACAAGAAGGGUACCGGCUCCACCAAGAACGGCCGCGACUCCAACCCCAAGUACCUCGGCGUCAAGAAGUACGGCGGUGAGCAGGUCGUGACCGGAAACAUCAUCAUCCGCCAGCGCGGCAACUCGGUUCACGCGGGCCCGGGCGUCGGCACCGGCAAGGAUUACACCCUCUUUGCGCUCCGCGACGGCGAGGUACUCUUUAAGCCCGGAGCCAACGGCAAGAAGACCGUUCGCGUCGUCGAUCCGGUGCAGAGGGGUGGGCGCGAGGACGGCAAGCCCUCCCGCAGGGACAAGCGCCGCGAGCUCUACACCCCUCGCGCCGAGCAGCGUGCCGCCGCGGAGGCUGCCGCCGCCACCCGCUAA